UAAAGACUAAAAAAGGGGUAUUUCUCGAAACUCCCUUUGGCUCCUCCCACCUUUCGGAGCCUCUCCGCCUCAUCCUUGGAGCUUUUGAGUUUCGACACACCACUCUUUUCUGCUUGGAAAAACCCUCCUCAGAUUGCCAUAGUCCCCAUUAGCAAUACCCAGUCUCUGAGCCCAUAUUGAAAAGGUUCAGGUUCUUACCAUACUCUGUUUCUCCUUUCGAUUUGCUCGAGAAUGUGUUCUUUUUUCUCUCUAUUAUGUGAAUUGUCUGUGGAUGGUCUGAUUACUCGUCUGUAGUACCUAUUUGUUGAUUUUAUGCGCCAAUAAAUAUUUUCUCUGUGUAUGAAUAAAGCCAUAUUGAUGCAAAAUUGAGUAUUUCUUCAGUAUCAGUGUGUUAAAAGACCUAACUUUAUUAAGUGGUCUGCAACAUUUGUUGGCCUUGCCUAUCUGUGGUAUUCAUAUGUGUUUUAUCAUAAAGUAUUAGGCCUAUGUACGGGAAAGUAACACUCCCUCCGUCCCAAAAUUAUUGUCCACUUUGAGUUUUCAUUUUUAGUACAAAUUAUACUAAAAGUGAGAACCCAAACUGCGACAAUAAUUAUGGGACAGAGGGAGUACAAUUUUUGGACAGUGACCCUCUGUUUUUUCCGGUUUGAUAUCACUGUUUGCCGUUUCUUUUUCAGUUUGUAAAGUUUCGAAAUGUAAUGAGUUAGUGUUGUGUGCGUGUCUUUUUGUUUAAGUUCGCCAGGAAGCACAUUUUUGAGGUCCCAACUAGUUUUGGGUUUAGCAUUGUUGAUAUAUGAAAUAGUUUCCCUGCCUCAAGGUGGAAGCUGUAUCAUUCGAUAUGCCCUCUAUGCACUUUUGUUAACAUGCCUCAAUCACUUACUUGUCUUUUGUAUGUAUGUCUCAGAUUUGGUGCAAAAGCUUUAAUGGCUGUUGUACCUUGUGGAAGCACAUGGGUGGCUCGGUGGGGAGUCCAACCUCAAAUGGUUUCCAGAUUCAGUGUCAAAAGUAAAUUAUCUUUACCUUCACAUUGCGGCUUUCUUAGCAAGAGCAAAGCACUGGGAUCACGGAGUUCAAUAUUUUUUGUUAAUAGUUCCGCAAAUGCACUUUUCAACUCUGUUGUGUAUAAAAGUGCAUGCCCAAAAAGAGGAGCUCGGUUUACCGUCAGAGCUGAGCGGGAUUAUUAUUCUGUUCUUGGUGUAUCAAAGAAUGCCAGCAAAUCAGAAAUUAAAAGCGCAUACAGGAAGCUUGCAAGAAGUUACCAUCCUGAUGUGAACAAAGAACCUGGAGCAGAACAGAAAUUUAAAGAGAUAAGCAAUGCUUAUGAGGUGUUGUCAGAUGAUGAGAAACGCUCAAUCUAUGACAGAUAUGGUGAGGCAGGGCUUAAAGGUUCUAUGGGCACGGGGGAUUUCAGCAAUCCAUUUGACUUGUUUGAGUCUUUAUUUGACGGACUUGGUGGUAUGGGUUCCAGGGGCCCUGCCCGUAAUCGGCCCAUGGAAGGCGAAGACCAGGUCUAUAACCUAGUUUUAGAUUUUAAGGAAGCUGUUUUUGGGGUUGAAAAGGAGAUUGAAAUAACUAGGCUUGAGAGCUGUAGCACCUGCGACGGGUCAGGUGCCAAACCGGGGACUAAGGCAACAAAAUGUGGCACAUGUGGGGGUCAAGGGCAAGUUAUCUCAUCUGCUAGGACCCCGCUAGGUGUAUUCCAGCAGGUAAUGACAUGCUCUGCUUGUGGUGGUGCUGGGGAGAUCUCCACUCCUUGCAGUACGUGUAGUGGUGACGGCAGGGUGAGGAAAUCAAAGCGUAUUAGCCUGAAAGUCCCUGCUGGGGUCGAUUCUGGCAGCAGGUUACGGGUUCGAUCAGAAGGUAAUGCGGGUAGGAAAGGGGGACCACCUGGGGAUCUUUUCGUGAUCAUAGACGUACGUCCAGAUCCCGUGCUGAGGAGGGAUGAUACAAAUAUUCUCUACACUUGCAAGGUUUCUUACCUUGAUGCAAUUCUUGGGACAACAAUGAAGGUACCUACUGUUGACGGGAUGGUGGAUCUCAAGAUUCCAUCUGGAACCCAGCCGGGGACAACCUUGGUGAUGUCGAAGAAAGGUGUACCAUACUUGAACAAAAGCAACAUGCGGGGUGAUCAGCUGGUAAAGGUGCAAGUUGAGAUCCCGAAGCGACUCAGCAGCGAAGAAAAGAAGCUUAUUGAAGAACUUGCAAACUUGAACAAGGCCAAAACCGCCAAUAGUAGCAGUAGAAGAUAGUCAGAGCUCAGAAAGUGGAAUUGUAUUCGCCACAUUUUUUCUACACACUCCAGUACCUGGUCGCCCAUUUCAGUGGUGCUGUUAGGCAUUUUUGUCGUAGAUCCUCGUCUAUUUGGCAAAGCUGCAACAGCCAUUAGCUAUAGGAAACAUUUUUGGUUUUAUUUAUUGUAUUAUUUUGUACUAUAGUAAAAGUAGGAUUAAGGAAGAAAUUAAAGAAUGGCCAAAAGGAAGGAUGGAUCUUCUGUUGGUUUUCAUCCAUUGGUAUGUGUUAUAGAAUAAUUUUCUGAGACAGUGUUAUUGAGUAGCAAUAUAAUGUCAUCUUAGUUCUGUCUUUGUAUUAACUUGCUCGUCUUUUUCCUUUGAGAAUUUACGUGAUAGAAUAUAUACAGGCUACAAAUCCCUAUAUGGAGUAGUUAGUUCCUCUGUCCCAAAAUAACAGUUACUAAUAUUAAUAUAUUGGACUAUUGGAGUCCCU